ACCACAUGGAGUAGCUCUACAAAGCCUUUAGACAAACCUACUGAUAUGGUUGGAUGGUAUCUUCCUCCAAAGUCUUUUUCAGACAGUAAGUCAGAACAUGAAUCAGUAGUCACUGAGAAAAUUGGACAAGCUGAUGACCAAGAAGAUAUUAUUUUGGAAAGAAUUCAACAAGAUGAACUGGAUGAGGCUGAUUCUUUAAAAAAUGAACAUUGUGAUGACAUUGCAAUUGAUGAGGUUGAUAGUGAAAUUACGAAUCACUCAACGUUACCUGAAGAUUUACCGCUUAAAAGUGAUGAAGAACAGAAUAUGGAAGAGGAAUGUGCUGAUGAUGCAGAGAACAGUGAUGAAGACAGUGGUCACAGUGAUGACGGCGACAACGACGAUGACAACGACAACGACGAUGAUGAUGAUGAUGAUGAUGAUGAAGGAUGGAUUACGCCACGUAACAUCAAGCGUAUCACAAAACAUUUUUCGGGCAACAAUGAAUCCUCACAAGGUGCCAAAGUCGGGUGUAUGACGACAGAUUUUGCAAUGCAGAAUGUGCUUAUUCAAAUGGGUAUUCCUGUGCUUUCACUUAAUGGUAUGUUCAUUAAAAGAACUAAGACGUAUGUUCUAAAAUGCAGUGGUUGUUUCAAAGUGACUGCAAUCAUGACGAAGCAGUUUUGUCCACACUGUGGUAAUAAAACAUUGAUGAAGGUCACAGUAACCUUGGAUGACAACGGCAAACAGCAUUUUCACAUGUCGAGAAGAAAAAUUGAAAACAAGAGAGGACUGAAGUAUUCCUUACCAAUGCCCCAAGGUGGUAAGCAUGCAACAAACCCUCACCUAGUAGAAGAUCAACCGUUCCCAAAGAACAGACCUUCACGAAAAGCCUUAAAAAAGACAAAUGCAUUUGAUCCGAACUACGCAGCUAGCGUAUCACCGUUUGCUACACAUGAUGUGACAAGCAGAGCAGCACAGUUGGGAGUCAACAGAUUUGGAUCACAUUCUGGAAAAAAGCGAAAUCCUAACGAAAAUAGGUCCAGAAGGAAGUGAAUAAAAGGGACAUGAAGUAUUAUAUUUCAACAAAGCUAAAUGAACUUUAACUUUUUGUAAUUAUGGUGAUAUCACCUGGAUAAGAUCCCAGUAAGCUUAUAUUAUAGAACAACCUCAACUCGUGGUUGCUUUCGGAAACUCUCUCCCUGCCCUCUUACAUUUCUCCUGUAAUAAAAACAAUUUUACAAUGUUUGACUAUCGCUGUUUUAUAUGCAUAUGUACAGAUUAUUUGAAUUGUACAGUGUUUCAAAACCAGGAUGAGAAAUGUAUCUUUCGAUUUCAAUCAACUCAUUAAGGGCGUUACUCGUUUGAUUGUACAGUAUAUGUUUUUAUAUGUACCGGUACAUGAACUGUUAAUGUAAGGCUAGGUAACAAUAAAUAAUGAAUAUUUA